UAAAAACUUCUUUAUUACUUCUAGUUUACCAGUACGAAAUUCGUACUACGAAUACAUUUUCAUUUUUUGGUUGUUUUGCUUUGUUUGUGCGUAUUUGAACGUUUUAAUCUUUUGCAGUCUCAGCUUAACCUUGCCAUUUGAAGCUUGCAGUUUGAUCAGCAGUUCGCAGUUUUUGCAUCCAGGGGCAGGUAUUGAGUCGCGGACUACAGAACACUACGCCAGUGACUACGGUACUCUACGUCGGGUCCAUACUGUGGAAGUUUUGAUUGUCGACUCUCCAGUGGAGAGUCUUCACCUAAAUAAUCUUUCUUGCCAGUUUCUUUGUACAGAAUGGCAAAAGUCAGGCGUUUGAGGCAGCGGUAUCAUAAUCUGACAAAAGGGAGUUCCAGUGGCAAUGAGAAACGCGGUACCGGCGCAAAGCUUAACGAAGGAAUCGGGAACGUUACUGCAUCCAGCUCAUGUGAACAGCCGCUGUCAACAUCUGUGAUCGACCAGCUGUUCCCUACGGAUGUUUUGUCAACUGCGAAAGUGACAUCUCAGCUCCUAAAAAAUCAGUUCGCCGAUUUUGAAGAGCGUAACACCAUUAUGUCCACUCUGUCCGCCAAAUCGUCAGUUUAUGCCGGAAUGAAGAAAAAGACAAAAGAACUCCGACAUCAGCUCUGGCUAAAAAAAGUUAAUGGAUUAGAGCAGGCUGUGGCGGAAGCUAGAGAGCGUAAAAAUCGGCAGAAAACCGCCGUGGUGGGAGACGUAAGGACGAUGGUGGACGCUCUUCCUGAUUUGACGUCUUUCCUAAAUGCUACCUCUAGACGGGCAGCUGGAGACUCUAAAAGAAUGUCGGGGAAAUACAAACCCAUGAAAAAAGAAUCCGUGCGAGCGCUGCAAGUGGCGCAAAAUGCUGCUAUUAUGACGGCUGUCAUGAAUGAUCCUGAUUACCAAGCUAAUCCUUUCCAAGCCAUACAAACGCAUCUGAAACUCAAAUUCGGCCAGCCGGAACCAGAAGCAGCGCCAUCGCUGUAGUCUUUGAAACAGAUUUAGUUUAAAUGUCAUCGCCAUAGUUGUAGUCUUUGAAACAGAUUUACUGUAUUAGAUAAAAUAUCAUCUUAUGAUCUUUUUUGGAAUUCGGAUGGGAAUAAAUGCUUAUAGCCCUGUUACCUGUAUACAGUUUGUUCAACAGUCGGAUUCUGAAAUCGUACACGAAUUUGAAAAAACUGUAUUUCAAGGAUUCCAUGUA